CCUUUUAAGUGAUCCAUGGAAUCCAAUUCCUUGAGGAUUACACCACAACUUUUUGCCAAAGUGAUUGUGACAAAAACCAAUCUACCCCUCUACAAGAGGUUCUCCAACACUAAUUUAUCAAUUUCAAUUAGCGGUUUCAACAUCAAAAUGGGAUCGGGAUUAUCACAAGAAGCAGAUACUCAACAGAUUCCAAGAUCACCCACACCGGCACCACGGACUCAUGAAAACCAUCAAACCGCAAAAACCACAAGCACACGAUUGAACCGUUUACCUCAUGACUGUGAAGCCAUUUUGAAGGAUGCAGAUAUUGUUAUCGAUAAGUCUUCGAUUGAUCAGCUUUAUGCUGGUGUGUUUUUGAACCAAAAGAGAAUGCAGAAGUACUGGGUUGAUAAGGCAUCAAAUGGCAACUGCUUCUUGGUGUUUGCAAGGGACCUCUCCAUCGAUUGGCAAGACGACAAUCGUUAUUGGCAUUGGUUCUCCAUUAAAGAAACAAGUGAUCAAGAGUGUAUAGAUGUUGCGGAAUUGCUAAACGUUUGUUGGUUAGAUGUCGCCGGAAAAUUUGAGACGGCGAAAUUAACACCGGGAAUGAAAUACGAGGUCGUAUUCAUGUUGAUGCUGAAAGAUCCUGCUUACGGGUGGGAAGUUCCGAUCAACGUCAGACUCGUCCUGCCGGACGGAAGCAAACAAGAACACAAGGAAAACAUGGUGGAAAAGCCGAGAUCGCGGUGGUUUGAGAUUCCGGUAGGCGAGUUUACGGCGGAAGCAAAGAACGGAGGAUUUAUCGAGUUCUCGUUUUACGAACAUGAAGCUGGGCCUUGGAAGAGGGGUUUACUAGUCAAAGGUGCGGCCAUUAGACCCAAAAAAUGAGAUCGGAUCGGACUAUAUUUGUUACCAUUUAUUGAGUUGGGCUUUAUUGGUGAUCGAUCGGACUAUAUCUGUUAUCUAAUAAUGGUCUCUUUUAGGACUAUGGGUGUUAUACUUAUAAUUAUAAUUUCCACUUCUAUAUAAAAUUAUAGGAUUCCCAAUA